AUGAGUGUUUCAAAUUCAUCAAACUCGAUCAUUCGUAUUGUCAAUAUCAAUGUCCUAGAUAAUCCUUCUCCCAUAACGCACGCUUUUCAGUUUGAAAUCGUUUUUGAAUCUCAAAAAGACCUUCCCGAAGAUUUGGAAUGGCGCAUUUUGUAUGUAGGCGAUCACAAAUCAAUGGAAUAUGAUCAAAUACUCGAUUCGAUUCUCGUGGGGCCAAUUUCGCGUGGAACACACAAGUUUUGUUUUCAAGCCAACGCUCCCGAUUAUACAAAGAUUCCCGAUGCAUCGAUUUUGGGCUUGACGGUGAUUCUUCUGUCUUGUUAUUACAAGUCCCAAGAAUUUGUGCGCGUCGGUUACUAUUUGAACGUCAGUUGCAACACUCCUUGGAAGCAAUAUUCCCAAAUCGAGCGUAUUAUCUAUGCAGAUAAGCCGCGAAUAACCUAUUUUCCCAUUUCUUGGUGGAUUGUUUGUUGUGAUCCAAUUUGA